AUUUUCCUGCUUUUCUUUUUCGUCCCUAGCGCUGGCUGGGUCCCUGUGCGCGCAAACUGGCGCAGCAGCAGGCAUACCUGCAUAAACCAUCGGCAGUCAUCAGAUCAGCCUGUCAAAAGGCGUCGUACAGGUGGAACAAAAUAUGUACGGAGUAUGUCGGGGGUGGGCAUGUCUGCUGAAUAUCCAUGCGGGCGUCGGUGUGUCUACUGUCGUCGGUCUUGUCUUGUCUUGUCUGCCUGCCUACUUAUUUAUCUACUUGCCUGUCCGCUUGUUCGGGUUGUAUUAUGCAUAUGGGGCCCUCCUACUCCCCGGUCAAAAGUUGCUUCGCAGACAAGCAAGCAAGUACAUUGCUGGGCGGCAUUCAUCACUGUAUGCCGGUUGCGAAGAAUGGGUGGAUAACUGGGUGGGUGGCAGCUCCGGUCGGCCGGGUUUGCGAUCUGACAGGGGGUGGUGGUGGUGGUGGUACUACUACUAG